CAUUAUUAUCUUCACGUUGCUCUAUUUUUUGGUCAUGUCUCAGCAUUUUGUCAUUUUUGCUCGUAAUUCUAGCUGUUGAUAAUGCAUUUUAUUAAGAUUUUGUUUUUCGAACUCUUUGGUUAACUGUAGGACGCGGAAUGUAGCUGGUCCAGGCUAGUGACUCUUCGUUUCAGUGCAAAGAAAUUUUGGACGUGUGACCUGGGGCUGAAAACUUUUCAGUUUUGACAAAGAUUGUGAAUUUUCUAAAUCCGUUUGAGCUGGAAUAAUCUAAGAAACACAAUGGAUAACAAGUCAGGGCUUUGGAAGAAAAAAUCUUCUGAGAAGACCUCAGUAGCUGACAAAGCAAACAUUUCUUUGAGCUUAAAUGAAGAGGAGUUAACUCGGGCUGAGACGCUCCUGACAGAGAAGGCCAAUCUGGAAAGAGAUAUUACAAUAUUAAAUAGCCAGCUUUCUUCUGCCCCCACCAAGUGUAAUGGCAAGGAUGAUUUUGCCAAGAAACAGGUGAAGAUUGCUCGGGAAGCUAUUGCAGGUUGGGAGAACGCUGAGACAGAAGCAAUAUCUUUGAAACAAGAACUUGACAAUGUUUUACAGCAGAAAGAAGCUGCUGAAGAAAGAUUAUGUCACUUGGAUGCUGCUUUGAAGGAGUGCAUGCGACAUUUGCAUUUUGUUCGAGAAGAGCAGGAGAAAAGAAUUCAAGAUGCUGUGAUGAAGAUGUCAAAAGAAUUUGAGAUUUCUAAGAUCACAUUAGAUGAAAAGUUAGUGGAGGCCAGUAAGACGCUUGCCAAAUUGGAUGCUGAGAAUACUCAACUCAGAAAAUCUCUCUUAGGGAAGGAUAAGUUGAUUGAAGAUCUGAAUAAAUGCAGAACUCAGAUAGAGGCCAAUUUUAAUGCUCUUAUAUCUAGAAUAGAAUCUAUGAAAAAAGAGAAUGCUUCUCUCAAAUACGAGGUUCGAGUUCUUGAGAAGGAGUUUGAUAUUCGGAAUGAGGAAAGAGAAUUCAAUCGUCGAACGUCUGAUGUUGCACAAAGACUACACCUGGAAGGCGUGAAGAAAAUAGCAAAAUUGGAAUCGGAAUGUCAAAGGUUACGUCUCUUGGUCCAAAAGCGGUUGCCAGGCCCUGCUGCUUUGGCAAAAAUGAAGGAUGAAGUUGCAAUUGUUGGUACGGAUCAAGUUGAAAUGAGGGGACGAAAAUCGUAUCCUUCUCUGGUUGGUUCAAUGGACUUCUCUGUAGAUGUGACUGCUGAUGCCCAGAGCAGGAUCGACUUCCUUACUGAGCAGUUGCAUGCAGUGGAAGAAGAAAACAGGACUCUCAAGGAAACCCAUAAAAAGAAACCGAAGAAACUUGAAUUUUCUAGAACCAUGCAUGCUCGUACAGCUUCCAGAUUAUCUCAAGCGUCUACUUCUGAUAUGGGCAGUGAUGACAAGGCCAGCUUCCCUGAGCCUUGGGCUUCUGCUUUGAUUUCAGAUUUGGAGCAUUUCAAAACUAGAAAACAACUGGACACAUCAUCUUGCAAAAUUAUAGGAACUUCAGAAAUGGAACUCAUGGAUGACUUUGCAGAAAUGGAAAAAUUAGCAGUAGUUUCUGUUGACUAUCCAACAGGAAGUUCCUAUCAUUCCUCAGAUGAAGGUAAUGGAAUUAGUCGUACGUCAGGUUUGGUCUCCAGACAAGAAUUUCAAUCUGAUAACAGAGUAGUCAAUAAGGAGCCUGGUUGGCUUGGUGACACGUUGAAAUUGCUUUUGGAGCAAAGUUCUGCAACACAAAGAAGCCCUGGUGAAGUAUUAGAGGAUAUCAGAGAUGUUUUGGCACAUAACACUUCAAACCCUAGAAGUCUUCAUGCCAAGGAAACUACAUACAUGAAUGAUGCAUCACCCUCUCCUGAACUUAGUGGACAUGUUUAUCAGAAAUUGGUAAAUAAUUCAUUAAGCACUGAUGCAUCUGUUAGAGGAACUUCCUAUAAUAUCUCAACUGCGAAAAUGAGUAGCCAGAAGUUUCAGUCGAGUGUGAGCAUAUCGGUAUGCAAACUGCUUGAGCUCAUUGAAGGAAUAAGCAUGCCAUGUCUGGAAAACAGUACAGCAGAAUCUUACUCGGGGAAGGAUGAUAAGCUUUUACAAUAUAAGAAUUCAGAAUUUACAACAGGCUACAUCGUUCGUGUAUUUCAAUGGAAAAUUUCUGAACUGUCUUCCAUUAUACAAGAAUUUAUUUGCACUUGCAAGGAUUUAUUGAAUGGAACGGCCAGUCUUGAACAGUUUGCCCAACAAGUAGCUUCUACUUUGGAAUGGAUCAUGAACCAUUGCUUUUCCCUUCAGGACGUUUCAAGCAUGAAGGAAGCAAUAAGAAAUCGUAUUGAUUGGGAUGGAUCACAAAGUGAUAGUGAAUUGGAUAGUGAAUUGAUCAAUCAUUGUGCACAAUCGAACAAAUUGCAUUUGGAAAGCAAUGAGAUGCCAUACAUUCCCUCAGAAUAUUCUCUGAAUGAUCAUAACAGAGCUUGUCAAUUGAAGGAAGUUCAGCAAGAUCGAAGACUGAGUGUUGAAUUGAAAAAUGAGGAAUCUUCAACUGCAGAUUUGGAACUGAGGCCUCAAUCAGAUGUUGUCAAGAGUGAAUCCUUCGUGGUCCAAAUUCAAGAGUCUAGUGGAAUUUUGGGGACUUUGCAAUCAGAGAUGGAAACUAUGAAGCAAUCAAAGGGAAAAUUUGAAGAUCAAAUGGGAAAGCAUAAGUUGAAAGUAGAUCCUGAGACCCAGCUUAUGGAAGGCAGUCUCGAGUUAAAUAAAGAGAUUUCAUGUUUAGAAAAUGAGCUGGAAAAGAGAAAUGACUCGUGUAAAAGACUAGAUGCAACUUUCCAUGACCGACAAAUCCAGCUAAAAGGGAUGACAAGCAAGGAAGUUUCAGAUGAUGGAGAGCACAGGGGGAAACAACUCAAAAAUGAUUGGGAGGUCGCGGGAGCUUCACAAAUAUGGGUUGAGUGCCAAGAAACAGCUCAAAACCUGGAUAAGGAAGUUAAGGAUUUGGCUUCACCGACAGAAGCAACCCUUUAUGACAAGGUCAUGUUGACAUCUAAGAGGAAUAUUAGCCAGAGCUCAUCCUUACUCGACAAAAUGCUGGCCGAGGAUAAUGUUAAAAUAUGUGAGCUCAGUUUUUCUUCAAACAAAGAACACAUUCAAAAUGGAGUCGGCGAUUCUGCUAUUAGCACCGAUGUGGCAAUAGAGUCUCGGGUAACCAAUUCAAGUAGAAUUGAUCAUAAACAAGAUAGGACAACGGCUAUUUCCCCUUGUAAGAUAAAAGAUUGCAGAGGUUUGCUAAAGAAGUUACUGUGGAGACAAAAGAAAAGUAGCAGCAUGAAAAUACCUGCUCGAUGAACUGCAUAAAUGCUGCUGAAAUAAAGUCGACUCGCAGAAUUUCGUUUUGAUGCUGCAGUUGUUUGAGUCGCCGCCUGGUCUGCUAAAAAUGACUUUGCUUAUAGACUGGCAAGUUUUGUGCAUAUCUUUUGUUGGAUAAGCAUUGUCGCUCAUAAAAGUAUUCUAACGUCUCUCAUUUAUCAAAUGUCGUAUCCAUGAUUUCAUACAUACGACAGUUAGUUAAUGUAUAUGUUUGGUUUGCACUAUUAAGUUAAUAGUACAAUAAACAAAAU